GAAUUUGUGGCGAAAUCCAAGUAAACAAUGUUUGAGGUUAUGUUUUGUUUGAGAAAAAAUAAAUUGUUUUAAAAAUGGAAAUAAGAAAUCAACUUUAUUCACCGUUGACCAAUUUUGAGACGUACCAAAUCAUGAUGACGCUCAAAACGAAGGACACGAAGAAGAAAUUUGGAUUGAGGAAUUUAGCCACAAUUUGCUAUGAAACACUCCAGUAUCUCGAGGAAACACCCUGCAAAUUUCAGAGUAAAGAAAAGAUAGUUGAGUUCCGGGAAGCCGUGAAGAAAUUCAAUCUUAGCAAUUCCGAAUGUUUUAUGAUGGCAAAUGAUCCACCAACUAGUCCUCUGCACAUUCAAAUCCUCGUGGAGGACAGUGAGGAGCGACUGACAGAGGAACAGGUUUCAGAACUCCUUAGGAUUGUGGAGCAAACGCUCCUUUCGUGAUCUCAAGGUUUGUCCACAGCGUAUUUUUUUUAUUGAAGAUAUU